AUGUUGUCAAUUUUCAUUGUAAUUGUUUGCGCAGCGAAUUGGCAGUUUUGCAGUGCUUCCAUUAGAAACUCGUCUAUCAACCAAAACUACACCACCAGAACAGUGCCACCGACGAAUUACCGAAUGAUAGUGGUGGGAUGGAUUCAUAAGCCGCCAUAUCUGUAUGCAGUUCCCAAUGCUACACAACCCUCUGGGAUGAUGGAAGAAAUGACACUGAGAUUUUUACUUAGCUGUGGUGUAACAUUCGUAGAUAGUCAUCAAGCUAGCAGCGAGUUUGAAAUGAUAAACCUUCUGCGGAAAAAAAAGAUCGACGUUGCUGCUCCAAUAUUCGAACCCACGAGCGAUAGACACUACAGCGAGUUUCAUUUUAUCAAAACAAGUGAUUAUCCGGGCACAGUGUAUAUUUCAAUCGAAAACGGAGAUGUUGUGCUUAAUGCUGUUUUGGACGCCUGGCCUUUGGUUGCCUUCAAUCUUGUUCUCGCAGCAAUUGCUGGCAUUUUUAUUUGGGCAUUGGUAAGUUUCGCUUUCUCCAAUAUUUUCAAUCUUAGGAGUUCCCUUGACGUUUAUAUAUAAUUAGUCGAAACUUUGUGUUUUUCUUAUCACAGCUUUACUCUUUUUCUUAGUUUUUCAUCCUUUUGUUUAUCUUCUUCUUACUGGUGCUCUUAUUUUUGUUUCUAUUGGAAUCCUAGGACACAUACUGGAACCCUGAAGAAUUUAAUCGUCCAUUUCUCAAAGGCUCCUGGGACGGAUUCUGGUGGUCUUUUAUUUCCAUGACAACUGUUGGGUGGGUCGAUAUUUGAUAAAAACUGUUGAGAUUGAAAAGAUAAUGUCUUUAUGAUUUUUUAUAAGAACACAAACAAACAAAGGUCAUGAGAGCUAUAUGCUUUUUUAAAAAUGUUGAUGAUGUUCACAAUACGAGUGUUUUUCCUUUUGGAUGAGUUUCAUGACACGUGGCAAAUAGACAUAUAGAGAUCUCGGUAGCUUAGAAACUACCUUCAAGCCAUUAAACAAUAGUAAUACAAAACCUCAAAGAGCCUUCUACGACAUAAUGAAGGCGUUAGCCAUCCACAUAGAAGACAUUGAAAAAAGAAUUAUUUUCACAAUUGAAAGAUGUCAGUCAGAUGAACCCGUAAGAGAUGUUGCCUGUUUUUAUUACAUAGGUAUGGCGACAAAGUUCCAAAAUCAGUUGUGGCACGUAUAUUUUCCGUAACAUGGAUUAUAUUAGGUCUCAUUAGUAUGUCAAUGAUUAUGGCUCAUAUAACCUCUACAUUGACGGCCCUCUCCUUGGAACAAGAACUAAGCUUGAAGGAUCUUAAGGUUUGUUGUAUGUUGCAUGCAUGUUACAUGCACGUGUUGUUCGUUUGUUUCAUAAGCGAAAGGAUUCGAAAAAUACUCACAGAUGUCUUUUAUAACAAGCUGUUAGGUCGGGUUCACGUGGUUUUUUAGAAAGGAAGUUUUAGCAAUUGUCCUCAUUUUAUGUCAGUUCCCGAGGAAAAAAGGAGAACAAAUACCCCUUAGGUGUCCUGAGACCCACACGAUGAGCGUGUAAUAAUUUUGAACUGCUUUAUCCAAGAUUUUUUAGUAAUCUCUUCGUCCAAAUCUGAAGUUAGAGAAGACAGCAUUUAUUUUUUUCAGAUUGCAGUAUUAGACAACGGUACAGAAUAUCAGCAUGCACUUGAAGAAGAUGCAAUUCCCAAAGGUAUGAUUCGAACCGCAGUUAAAGUAUAGCAGGUAAUUUAUUGUUAACAACUGAGUUGAAAACGUAAAUUGCCUACCGUAAAGAGUAAAAAAGCUGACGUUUCGAGCGUUAGUCCUUCGUCAGAGCGAUUGGGGGGGUUGUGGGUUGUGUGUGGGUUUAUAUGCAGAAAGUGGAGCUACCCUUUUGGUGGGAGUAUGGUGACGAGAAAACAGGAAUAAAUUAGUUGAAGGCUUCGCAUUUUUCUGUUUAUAUCUGAGAGUAUAAAUCUUCCGCAAAAAUGCUGAAAUGAUAUUAAUAAUUCCUCCCUUCUACUUUGCCGAAGUGAAAAACACACCAGUUUAACAAAUUCUGUAAAUAACGAACGAUUCAGGAGUACAUUGCACUUGUUAGCAGUUGAACGUGCAGCAACUGAAUUCGUUCUUGUUGAACAAAGAUAAUACUCUGUCGUUUAUUAGUUUUUUGCAAGCUUUUUUUCUUGAGUACUCCCUAAUCGUGGAUAGAAGGUGUGAAUUUUAAGCUAUUUGAGUUAUAAUAAUCUUGCCAAACAGAGGAUAACUUAGAGUUGUUUGGUCAUUCAGAAAGACCCUUAAAAGAUUACUAAAUUUUAUUCUAGUGUUCGGAGAUAUUGAUGGUGCCAUCCAAGCUUUAAAAGCCCACGAGGUAGAUGGAAUAAUGUUGGACCGCUUCACUGCCUCUUUUUAUCAAAAGCAAGACAAGCUCAAAGCACUGAUCACCGUCAAGACGAUGCAAUUUCAACGAGAUAGUGGCUUCCUUGUCUCAAAAAGCAGAGCGAGAUUCGCAGAUUGUUUGGAUUACGUUCGCCCAAAUAUUUACCAGUUUGGUCUGUCACUUGCAAAUUCUUUUAAGGUAACUCGUCAUUGCAUAAGCUCUCUUUUAAAACAAGGGCUAAGCUGUAGCUUGAAACGUUACUCAUAUCUUGAAAUUGCAGUAUAACAAGGGCUACCGACGAAAAUCUCUAACAUAGUUAGCAGUGGGAAUCUUCCUCCUACACCUUCCUCAAGGUUUUGAUCUGCUGCCUGUUUCUAGGAAAGUUGUUUUACACAUCUUAAAUUCAUCUGGUCAAAGGCUUAUUUGCCCUCUCGCAACGAGCAGUUAGCUUAGAUUAUUUAUAUUUUCCUAUUAUUUUCCCUCCUGAUUAAGAACUAAAUGGCACUUUUCCUUUCUAAUAGUUGAUACCUCAAAAGCCUGCGAAAACAGCGAGUGUUUUUGAUGACCGAUUUACCAAGUUAAAACACGUGUUCCACAUAUCAUUAGGAGUUUUAUCAGCCCUACUCCUGAUUGGCAUUCUAUGGGAGUCUGUGUGUUACAAAAAAAGACAGAAGAAAUCGAAGGCAAAACAGGGUGAGUAA